UCCAAUAAGCAGAUCAAGAAUUUACUACUGAAAUUCACUAAUGUAAUAACCAAAGUAUUUGUUAUUACUUUUUAGUAUGUUAGUCUAGAUAUCUCGAUGUGAAAAUAAUUAUUUCAUAGAAUACGGUAUUUUAAAAGUUUUUUUAAAAAAAUAGUAUUUAUUUGAUAAAUUUAGACUUGAGUAAAUUAGUAUGAGCUGCCUAGUUCAUUCCGUACUAGACUUGUAGAAUUAGGAAAUAAGUUUAGUUAAUAUCAUUAUUAUGAUUAAUUAUUUAUGGGGAUGGUUAAUGAUUUUAGAGAAUGUUGCAUAUAUUUAUACAUAUAGCAUAAGGUGUAAAAGUUUUGGUGAUGAGAUAUAACACAUGGAAUUGUGUUAAAAGCUUAGGAGCCUUGCAUGCCAAUUUAUUAUUUGGACGUGUGGCAUUCUAAAAUGGGGUAUGUAUCACAUUUAGGGUAUAUAUAUACAUAUUAUUAAUGAGGAGAUGGUAAAUAGUUGAUAUUACCUAGGUUUAUAAAAAAAUGGAACUAACUCUACACGUGGGGUGUAAGGAGGUUUUAGUGGAGGAGGUUAUAGUUCAAAUGAGUAAAUAAUUUGAAAAAAAAAAAAAAAGAAUAAAGCUAUGUGUGCAUAUGGGGUCUUGGACGUGACUUUGAAUCAUUCUCCAACUGUUAUCGCAUGAAGAAUGAGUCUUGGAGACUAUGUGUCAUUAUAUGAUUAAUCCACUUAUUAAGUAAUUUUAAAUUUUAACCUUAGUUAGUUAGUAUGUGAUGGUAUGAUUAUGAGUGAGGUGUAGUUUAGUAUUUAAGGCCUAUAAGUAGAGGGUUUGAGCUCACCUCUUUCCUCAUUCACUUAAAAGAUAAGCUUUAGAUAAAACGCUCUCAUAAUCUCUCUCAAUCUUAUUGUGCUCUCUAAUCAAAGCUACCAUCAAUAUUUUCUAUUAACCUAUUUUGUUCCCUUAAAGCUAAACCAUCGGCACUCCAAUUAUUUCAUCUUUUCCCUUCUUCCAUAGCCAAUCACUUAUUCUCCAAGAGCCAAGGCACAACAUCAACAUCCUCUUUUAUUAUGACCACCAUCAUCCUCUCAUAAAUAUAUAAAUAUAUAUCCUUCAUUAUUGGCAUCACAUCACCAUCAUUUUACGUUCAAGUUUUAGUGUUCAACUAGAUCUUAUUGGAAGCUAAGGUUGUUCAUAAAAUAAUUUUUGGUUCUCAAGGAUCACUUUUGCAAUCAAGCUAGGAUCUCCACAUUCGAGACCAAAGUAACUAAAAGUCUAGAAUGCCGGUGGCGAGUGGAACUUUGGACGCUUGUGUGUGUGAACUCGUUGAGGACCAUAUGACUGCGGGCGGUCUAGGGGACUCUGUUUAUUUAUUUACGCUAUUAAAUUUAUGUCGCAAUUAUUUUAGUUCUUAUUUAUUAUGUCUUUUGUACGAAAACUGGCCAGUUGUGAAUAUUUUUAAGUAUUAAAUAAAAAUGCGACAUUAUGAUUUUCCUCAUUUAACGCUUGUAAAUAAAACUAAUAUUUUUAUAAAAGUACGAGCGUUACAGUUUGGUAUCAGAGCCACAGUUAUAUCGGUCCCGAACGUUCUCACGAGUUACACACAUCAGCCAAAAAGUUUCUACUUGCCACCAAGUAAGUCCAUUAUAUAUGCUUGCAUUUUAUGUGUAUUUUUUUUUUUUUUUGUAAUUUCUAAAUUGGCAUUUUACUUUAAAAAAAAAAUCUUAGUACCAAUAUCCAAGUUUAGGUACUACCCAUAUGAAAUAAUUUUUUUUUAAUACAUAUAAAUAUAUUUCAAGUUAGUUUAAAAUAAAAUUUUUGGGUAAAAUUUUAGAACUUGAUGUUAGAUAGCACCAUAUGACUCUUGAAAAAAAAAUGUGUGUCUUAUUAUUUUAUGUGAUAAUUUAUUUUAUCUUUGAAUAAAUAGAAAUUAUUUGUGAACUAGUUAUGUAAGUAUGGGCAUUUUUUUUUAAAAUAGUGAUAUCUUAUUUAAGUUUAUCUUCUUUUAGAAAUUCUUAGAAACAAACAAGGAACAUUAGGAAAUAAUGUCUCCAAGAAGAUCAGUUCGAAUCAACGGCAAUAGAAACAUCCACGUGGAUGCAGCUCCAGCACCCGCAAGGGGCGGAGGCAGAGGUGAUGGUCGACGCGGAGGUCGACGUGGAGGCCAAAGCGGUAGGGGAGGUAGACAAGGAGCAUCGGUAGCACCGGUAGAUGAAGUAGCACUCGAACAACAACAAGCACCUCCCAAUGCUCAAGCUGAGAUACUCCGAGAAAACGCUCGUAUACGUGAGGAGCUAACUCAAGAAAUUGCAAGGCUACGAGCUCAGAAUGAGGAGUUACGCCGGAAUCAAAGUCCACCCGUUAGACACCUAGCUCUUCAACCAGCUGCAGUGAAUCCAGAACCAAUACAACGUUUUGAACCUGUGUACGAGCGAUUCAGGAAACAACAACCACCAAUAUUCAAUGGGAGCUCGGACUCACUUGAAGCUGAGGAAUGGUUGCGCUCAGUGGAGUCCAUAUUGGAAUAUAUGGACCUCAAUGAUAGGGAAAGAGUAUCCUGUGCUGCUAGCCUACUUAAAAAGGAUGCACGGAUCUGGUGGGAAGUAGUAAGACAGAGUCGCAACAUAACAACUAUGACCUGGUUGGACUUUGUUGAUGUGUUCAACAGGAAGUACUACAGUGCCGCCAUACUGGCUGCAAAAGAAGAUGAGUUUAUGAAUCUGAGGCAGAACAAUCUCACUGUCACGGAGUAUGCUAGGCAAUUUGACCGUCUGGCAAAGUUUGCACAAGAGAUCGUACCAACCGAGGCCCUUCGGGUCAAAAGGUUCUUGAAGGGGAUGAACCCCAUGAUAAAAAAAGAUGUGAAAAUCAUGGUGGGUACCAACACAGUUUAUGCUGAGGUGUUAGAAAAAGCUCUCGAAGCUGAGUUGCUCGAAAAUGAUAUAAAAAAGAGAAUGCUGCUAAGUGGGAAGCCCGAAGAAACAAUGGAGGAAGUCAAGAGAAUAAGAGAAAACACGAGGGAAAUCACAGUAAUGAUCGUGAUAAAAAGGGGAAAGCAGUGGUCCAAAAUAACAACAAUGGGGUGA